ACUUCGUUUUCCUUCAUUAAUUUCAAUUCUUUUAGCUUCGAGCUCCGUACAGAGUAAUGAGUCCAACCUUAUUCAAUAAUCCAAACUUUCCAACCUUCCUCAUCUGCUUACUUGCAGACUUCAUGGCCUUCACAGGGAUAUAUAUACCGUAUACACACCUUCCACCCUUAGCAGAGUUUCGUAAUAUUUCCUCAACAGACGCAGCUUUUCUUAUAUCCGCUGGAGGUAUAAGCAAUACUUUUGGGAGGUUCCUAGGUGGUUGGCUGUGUGACCAGCCAGCUAUACAUCCUUUCUUGGUUACAAUAUUAUCUGUUGGUCUCACAAUUAUCCCAUCCUUCAUAAUACCAAGAAUAGUUGCGUAUAGAAGUUUUAUCUCCAUGUUUUCAGUGUUUGGAUUAGCUACAGGUUGUACAAUGGGAUCUACCUCUCCUCUACUUUUAAGAUUGCUUGGAUUGAAAGCACUAUCUCAGACCUUUGGGUUAAUCACGGCAUCAAGAGGAAUUGCUGCUCUAGUCGGUCCUCCGUUAGCUGGUUUGCUAGUGGAUCUGCUGGAUGAGCCUGGGAUAGCUAUUGAUCUUGUUGGAUUCCUAGAAAUCCUGGCUUUAUUCUUUUAUAUAAUUGCUGUUGGGAGAAACAGGGUGGUUCAGAGAAGGCGGAAUUAUCAACAAUUGUAGUAUUUAUUAAGUUCUUGAACAUAUUAUGUAAUGUUUCACAAGGGUAAUUUUAAAUAAAAAAUAGAAUUAUCUAGACAA